AUGUGGUUCACCGCCGGGACUCUCCACUUCAUUCUUAUGGCUCAAGCUAUCGCUGGAGGAUCGGAUCGUAAUGGCCAACUCAAGAAUAUCGACCAGGCAUUCCACGACUUCAUGACACGAUACAAUAAGAAGUAUGAGACGGAUGAGCAGUACCAGGUUGCAAAGGCUGCUUUUGCUGAAAACAUGAGGGAGAUAGAAGAAUUGAGAGCGAACGACUUACAAGAUCCCAUCAUGGAUCCUCCUCCGUCGAUUGAUUGGGAAGCCGCUGGCGCUUUGGCUCCAGUCAGGAAAGCAGGCUGUGGUGACUGCUACGCCAUAGGCGCUGCCACCGUCAUGGAGAGCCGUUUCAUGAUACAAACCGAAAUUACUAAAGUGGUCCCAUUCUCAGUUCAACAGAUAGUUGACUGUAGUGGAUCCUACGGAAAUGAUGGCUGCGAUGGAGGCUACUCCAAGAACUCAUAUCAGUAUGCGAAGUACGAAGGCAUUGUGCGAGAAAGAAUCUAUCCCUAUAUGGGUAAGACCGGCAAGUGUAAGAAGAUCACUACGGAUACGAAGGAGCAGUGUCUCAAGCCUGAUGAUAUUGAAAAAAUCGUGAGCUUACCGGCAGCCAGAGAGGAUCUAAUGAUGCACGCUGUGGCUACCGGGCCCGUGGCGGUUGAAUUGUAUGGUCGGGCCCCGUCAUUCAAACAUUACACGGGAGGGAUUAUCACAACCAAGAGCUGUGGAGUCGCUCCCGUAAGUCAUAUGGUAACUAUCGUGGGUUACAACACUUCCUCGAAGGGAGUUCGGUAUUGGAAGAUUCUCAACAACUGGGGGAAAAGUUGGGGACUGGGAGGUUUCGCUUACAUUGAACGAACCGGCAACGAACCAGGGCCUGAUGCGCUCCUACAAAAUCUCUUCUCGAACAUGUCGGAAGCUGAUCUAGCUCUUCAAGCUAGCUGGCAAAAUAAUAAGCUCCCUGUGCAUCCCGAACUGGCAUUUGUCCCGACACAAAAGGCCGUCGCUGGCGAAGCCGCCAAACUUUGGCGGCCAAAAUACUGCAUUCGGCGUAGGUUUUGUGGACGGAGUGCAUCUACUGCGAGAUCAGCUCAUUUGGAGAUAUUCUUGGUUGAUCAGUGGAAUGAGUUGGAACUGUCCUGA